AUGUCAACUCCAGCACUUCAACACUCUCCGAGUGGAGGAGAUCUAAAGUUAUUUAGACUCAAGGUCACCAUUCUCAAAGGAAAGGGUAUUACCGGAUCCGAUGGUGUUUGUAGUCCUUACCUCAAGGUAUCUUGGGGAAACAAAAAGAAGGGUUUCAAAACAAAGGUUGUUGCAAAGUCUUCUGAUCCAGAAUGGAACCAACAAACUCAAUUUGAAAUCAAAAGAGAGAAAUAUCCAACAGAUAAACCAGAAAUUGAAAUUGAAGUCUAUGAACACAACAAGUUUUCAGGCGACAAGGAGAUUGGAGCCUGUACAUAUGCACUAGACAACAAUCAAAUGAUUCUUGGUGAAAACAAUCAUAUUACAUUACCUGUUGUUUUACAUGCUGGCACUAAACAUGAAUCUAAAGGUGAAAUUACUUUAACUAUUUCUCCAAUUGAUUUUGGUCAAGAUAAAGCUGUUGUUGAGAAACAAAAGCAAAUUGAAGAACAAAAGAAAAUGGAACAAGUUGAAAAGCAAUUUGCAAUCUUGGCUGAACAAUUAGCAAAUGAUGCAAAGUCAAGAGAAGUUUUAUUAAAAUUGCCAUACAAGUCAAAACUUCAACUCAUUGAACAACAUAAAGAUAAAUUAUCUAAUGAAAAGACACCAGAUCAUUUUGCAAUCAAGUUAUUGAAAGAAUUAGCUACGAUCAAGACUAAAAAGCCAAAUCUAUCAGCAUCGGGAUCUCCUUCACAAGGUAGUGAUGGGUUGACAAUGACUGAUCUCAAGGAUAUUAGUGUUGCUCUUCGUUCACGUGGUCUCGAUUGGAUCAAGCAGUUCCACAAGCUCGAAGCUACUGCCCGUUUGAUCGAGUUGCUAGGUCUUCUCAACAAACAACUACCAUCGUCUGAAGAGAACCUUCAAAAGCAAUUGGAAUGUUUACAUUGCAUCAAAAAUAUUAUGAACAACAAGAUUGGUAUUUCUUAUGUACUCAGUGUUAAAGAUUCCCCAAAUGUUAUUGGUUUAUGUUUAGGUUCAUCAAAUGAAAAAAUCAAUGAAUUAGCUAUUGGACUUUUAAAUGCUAUUUGUUUCUCUGUUGCCAAUGGUCACAAGAUGAUUAUUGAAGUAAUGAAUAUUAACAAAAUUGAAAAGAAAGAAACUAGAAGAUUUGUAUCAUUGGUUGAUGCAUUAAAGAAUAAUACAAAUGCAGGCAAAAAAGAGUCGAGAGAGUCGUUGAGACUAAAGUCGACUUAUUUGUCUUUUAUCAACACGAUUGUAAAUAGUCCACCCGAAAUUGAUUUGCGUCUUUCGUUGCGUCAAGAAUUUUCGUGGUUGGGAAUCAAGGAGAUUCUCGACGAGUUGGGCAACUAUGAGUAUGAUGAUUCGCCAGAGCUCGAUACUCAGAUUACUGUGUACCAAGAAGAAGAGAGCAAGGAUAACAAGGAAAUGUCGGACCGAUUCAACGAGUUCCCAGGACUCAACCUCGCCAACAUUGACGAUGUUAUCAAGACGCUUAUGGAGCGCAUCAAGCCUAUUGGGUUGGUCGACUCGUUCCGUGAGAUUGUCAAGGAUCUGUUGUUGAUGCCCAGCGGCGAGGGACUUGGUUUGCGUACCUGGAUCAUCGCUUCGCGUGUCAUCAAGCAGAUCUCGUUGCGUGACAAGAACGUCGGUGUCGAUGACGAUAUUAUCGUGCCACUCGACAACCUGUUGUUGACGUGCGAGCAAGAGGCCAAGGAGUUGCCACUCAAGGCCAAGAUUGACGAGCUCGCCAAGGGUCAGACCGACCUCAACAAGAAGCUCAAUGCCCAGGAACUCGAGCUCAAGGAAAAGAACGAUAUCAUCAAAAAGCACGAGGAAAGUGCUGGCAAGCAGAUGGAAGAGUUGGCCGGCAAGCUCAAGUCCAAGGACGACCAGGUGCAGCAGCUGCUCGAGCAGAUCGCCCAACUCAAGUUGUCGGGCGCGUCGCCAGACAAGUCCACUCCAGCUGGCAGCUCCGCACCCGCUCCACCUGCUCCACCUGCACCCCCUGCACCACCUAUGGGCGGUCCACCACCCCCACCACCUCCUCCACCCCCAGGAGGCGGCGGUCCACCCCCUCCACCACCUCCUCCACCUCCAGGCGGCGGUCCACCACCCCCACCACCACCUCCAGGCAGCGGACCACCACCUCCACCACCUCCUCCAGGCGGCGGACCCCCAGGUCCACCUCCCCCACCUGGCAUGGGCGGACCCCCACCACCUCCCGGUGCAUUUGGCAAAAAGGCAGCUGCACCUGCCAGAAAGCAGAUCCCACUCCCUGCACUCAAGAUGAAGGGUUUGCAAUGGGUGUCUUUGAACGACAAAAAGAUCACCGGUACCAUCUUUUCAAAGUUCUCGGUCGACUCUAGCAAGGACAUUAACCUCGACUACAAGGACAUUGAAGAUGUGUUCCAAGCCAAGGUCAUUGAGAAAAAGGAGAGUACCGCACCCAAGAAAUCGGGUCCAGUGCAAAUCAUCGACCCCAAGACCUCGCAAAACUUGUCCAUCUUUUUGUCACAGUUCAAGGGCAAGACCUACGACGACAUUUGCAAGGCCAUCUUGACAGGCGACGAAAAGAUGUUCCAAUCCAACCAUAUUGACGCCUUGAUCACUUUCCUCCCCUCUGAAGACGACAUUACCAACAUUAACGAGUUCCUCAAGGAGGACAAGGACAAUGCUGGCAAGCUCGGUCCCGCAGAACAAUUCUCGCUCAAGAUCAAUGCCGUACCACAAGUCAAGCAACGUUUGCAAUGUAUGAAGUUCAAGUAUGCCUACGACCCCAAAAAGACAGACAUUAAACUCGACAUUGAAAACUUCUCACUCGGUACCAAAGAGUUGCACGAGUCUACCAAGGUGCCCAAGAUCCUCGAAGUCGUACUCAUCCUCGGUAACUUUAUCAAUGGAGGUACUGCUCGUGGUAACGCCUAUGGUUUCAAGCUCAACACCAUCACCAAGCUCGGAGACACCAAAUCAACCGACAACAAGAGCUCACUCGUCCACUAUUUGUCACGUGUCCUUCAAAAGGACUUCCCAGCCCUCACCAACUUUGCCUCUGAACUCACUCACAUUGAGACUGCCUCCAAGAUCUCAUUCCCCAACACCAUGUCUGAGAUUGCUACAUUGCGCAAGGACUUUUUGCAAACCCAAGUAACCGUCGAGAACCUCGUUCAAGCCGGCGAAGAAGAUCAGUUCAAGGCCAAGUUUGACGAGUUUAUCAAGCAAGCCUCUGACGAUAUCGACCAAAUCACAACCAAGUCUGCUCAAAUGGAGACUGAUUUCAAGUCAUUGGCCACCUUUUAUGGUGAAGAUGCCAAGAUUGAUCCAUCGGAAUUCUUCCAAAUGUUUGUAAAGUUUAUGGAUUCUUAUGACAAAUCGGCCAAGGAAAACGAAGCCAACGCUGCCAACAUGGAAAAGAUUGCAAAGAGAGAAGCUGCCAAGAAGCUCAAGGAAGAAGAAGAUGCCAAAAAGAAAUUGGCUGCCGAAGAAAGAAAGAAAAAGGGUCAAGAAGAAGCUGCCAUGCCAGAAGCUGUCGUUGAUGACCUUCUCAACACUAUCGCAUCUGGUGAUGCCUUUAAAAAUAGACGUAGACAAAGAGUUGCAAAACCAACUGCUGAUGUUGAUUUAGAUAAUAUUGAAAUUUAA